GUCAGGAGAUCUACAGAAUAUCUGAGAGAUAAAGCUACUAUAUUUCGCUUCCUAAAGAAAUCACAUUAUAAAGAGGAGGAAACGUAUGAGAGAAUAAAAAAUCAUUUGAUAAUAAGGUUGCAAUCAAAUUUAGAUCAGCUCGACCAACCGGCAUUAUUGGAAGUUGACGAUGGGAGCGAAUGUCCGGUGGGGUACUUCUUGAAGGAUAUACGUGAAAGCAGAGGCAGAUUGGUGUUAGUUGUGUCUUUGUCGAAGGUUCUACCGCGACAUGAUGACAUCGAUAACGGUGAUGAUGAUGAUGAUGAUAAUGACACUUUUGAUGAGAUUAAGGAGAGUAUUCUCUAUUUAUGGGAAAUGGGACGUAAAAUGAUGCACCAUCAUGCUAUACAAGAUGGUUCAUAUGACAAUUACUUGGAUUUCUUGACAGUUAUAGACGCCUCAGGUGCAAGUAUGUCGAAUAUUCAUUACGAGCUCGUUAAAUUCUUUGUCGAUAUCAUAUCGGCGCAUUUCCCUAACACAAGUAAACAAAUUAUUGUUCUGAACAGUAAGGUUUGGACUAACACUCUCUGGACAGUAGCCAAGCCAUUACUUCCAAAGAAGAUUGUCGAGAGAAUAUCAUUCCCCAACAAAACCAAGUUAUGUGAGUUGUUUGACAUCAAUAAGCUGCCUUCCCAUCUCGGCGGGAAGAAAGAUUAUGAUAGUGUAUCAGAUUACGGAAUAACGAAGAUGAAAUCACAACUACCUUCACAUAACUCCUCUAGAACUACAUUAUGGUAUACACCUAAUGCAUCCCCGCGACAGACUCCAAGUAUUACACCAGCUAGUUCGCAGACGAACAUUCCAGCGAUUGUUAACAAGAUACCAAAUUUUCCAUUGAAGAUACGAAAGGGAACUAAAAAUAAUGAUACCAGAAAGUCGGUGAGAGUUUAUGACAUACUUGGCUACAAAGAACGAAUAGCUACAUGGCAUAAGGAUAGACUGGCUGAUAAUAUUGUCGAUCGUGACGCAGACAAUGGAUUGAAGACUCCCAUUUCAGCGUCUAGUGGUGUUGGUACGCCUGUAACAGUACUCGAUAGAUACAGCUACCUAAAUCCGAGAUAUGGAUAUAAAACUAUAUACAAGAUUAGCAAGAGUAAUGGAAAGCUGACGAUAGAAUCGAAGCCAGUAAUGAUGGACUUGAUAGUAACUUUGCUGCAUUUAACACUAAGGAGAUACUCGAAGUGGAUCAAAGUGGCUAGUUUAUUAUUCAUCAUACUCAUACGACAAAAAGUAAGCUAGAAGAGAAGAGAAUAAAUAAUAAAUAAGAUUAAAUGAUGUUAAAAGUUAAA